GAUUGAUCGGCAAAACGUGAACUCGUACCUCUCUAUUGGUCAGCGUUUGUUGUUUACUCCCUUUUGUUUUGCUUCAAUGUUUCGCCAUAUGAUUAGAACAACAAAUCCUUGUCGUCCUAUACAGAGAUAUGUACGUCUUUCUACCUAUAAAGUCCUGAGACAACACUCUAUUCUUACACUUCCCCUUUUAUGUCAACAACAACGACGACGACAAGAACAACAAAUACUACAACGUCAGUGGAAUUCGACUUCAACUGCUGAAGAAAAACACAAACCAACGUAUUGUCCAGGAUGCGGAGCUCCUUUUCAGAAAGAUCGACCUGGUUACCCUGGUUAUGUAUCACCACGUAAGCCAGCUACAAUACCUCAACGUAAACAUAGUAAAGGACUUGAUAAUGAAGCUUACGAUUCAUUGUUCAAAUCAUUGGAUCCUACUUUUCAAGCACUUCUGGAAGGAAGAGAGAUAUCUGAUAAGGAAAAGAACAAUAGCGAGCAACAACAACAAGUAUUACAAACAACCAACGAUGAAUCUCAAAGUAACAAGAAUACCCCCAUCCCUGUUUGCCAGAGAUGUCACCAACUAGUAAAUAAUAACAGGAAAGAAGGGCCUGACAUUGGAUUUCUCAAAGCAUCACAACAACAUACAUCAUUGUCCUUCUUACAUACCAAACAACGACCAUUGAUAUUGUAUGUUAUGGAUAUUACAGAUAUGCCUUGGUCACUUGAAUCGUUAAAACAGAUCUUGAAUAUACAGCCAGAAGCCCGAGUGAUGAUUGUGGCGAAUAAGGUUGACUUGCUACCAAAAUCCGUAAACAAACAUGAACAACGUAUUAGGGACUAUAUCUUAUCUAGUUUGAAACAACAAUUGGAAAAGGAUGACAAUCAAUCUGGAGUGGCAACAACAAGGAACAUUCAAUCUAUCUCUUUGAUCAGCGCUACAAAAAGUUGGGGAAUGAAAGGAUUACUCAAACGUGUUCAACAAAAUUUACUUCCUACAGAUGAUCUCUAUGUCAUGGGAAGUGUCAACGCGGGAAAAUCAGCUCUCAUUCAUCAAUUUUUAAGUCAGUCUCGUAGUUUGGAUAAAAAAGAAUAUCGUACGACAAGUUCAAGUGUACCGGGAACAACGAUAGGUAUGAUUCGGAUUCCUUUACAUGUAUUAGGUAUCAGCACCAGUACCGAUGACUAUAACAAAUCACGAUUGGUUUCACGAGAUCACUAUUUGAUCGACACACCAGGAAUGAUCGAUACUAAGAAUGAUCUCCAUCCUAUGAUGUUAGCAACAGAGAUGCAGCAAAAGCUUGUAUUAAACAAGAAUCGACGCACUCCAUUAAAACCAACCACCUUUCGACUUUAUCAAGGACAAUCUAUUGUUUUGGGCAAGGCAAGAAUAGAUGUAUUGAUGACAACAAAUAAACCAGUCUUGAUGACUUUAUUCACACCGCUUGCACCUCAUAUCACGAAAACGAUCAAACUGGAAGACAAAGAUCUAAUAGAACCUUUGGAUGGUACAGUCAUUGUACAAAGUCAUCAUCAUUCUCAUGCAUCAGCAGAUUUAGCUUUUGCUGGGAUUGGCUGGAUUGCUUUGACAGGUGGAUUUGGAAAAGCUUCAUUUAAAAUAUGGUUACCAAAAGGUAUUUCGGAAAAGGUUUUUUCCCUUCGUGAACCUUCCUUUUUACCAUUUGAAUAUCAUGGUCAAAUUCGAAAAUUCUUUGGUUCUGGAAAACGAGCAACUAGUUAGACUUUAAUUCAAAAUAGAUAAAUAAUAAAAAAAAACUCUAGACUUUA